AUGCAAAGUCACAUGUUACUAUGUCCAGGCCCAAAAUAUCCGUACGGAAAAGAGAUUGGCUGUUCACAAUGCUACUACACGAGCCAAUUCCCAAAAAGAAUGAUUGAGCACUUGAAGCUCCAUCGUAAUGGUUCUCUUACUUGUGAAAUGUGCAUGCAAAAGUUUGAUGACAAGCACACGUUGUAUCGUCAUAGAAAAACUGAACGACUUCAAACAGUUCAUGAUUACAUUUGUCGCGAUUUGGUGCCGCAUUUCCAGCCGAUGGAUUACUCAAAGUAUCCCGAGUUGGAUCCUGUGGUUUGGUAUGCAGGAGUCACAAUGGAAUCAACCAGUGCUGGAAACACUCAAAAGUUAACGAGUGAACAAGAUAAGAAAAUUAUGAGUUACGAAGUCAAACGCGAAGAUGUGAAAACUGCACGGCUACAAAUUGAUGAGUCGUGGGAUGGUGAAGACUAUGAAAAAUGCUUGGAUCGUCUCUUCACGGAACCAGCUCAAUUGGCUGAUGAUAAUUUGCCCAAUAUUCCUUUUUAA